UUCAUUCUUGAUUUAGCUAAAUAAAUACAGUAAUGCGUCAUCUUAAACCAGGACUAGUUACCGCUGCCGUCGGUGUGUGUGUGGUGUGUCUGGAUUGGUCAUUUACGAGUGUUUUCUGCAGUGUGAUGCUGAAUUUGAGUGUUGUUUCCUCUGUGCUGUGUGGUGCAGAACUACGCCUGGGGUAAAGCGGGUCUGGACAGUGAGGUGGCGCGGCUGGUGCUCGGCGGAGACCCGCAGGCGCUCAUUGAGCACAGCAAACCCUAUGCAGAGCUGUGGAUGGGUGCUCACCCCAAAGGCGAUGCUCUCAUCAAAGACAACAGGAUUUCCCAGAGGACGCUGGGCCAGUGGAUUGCAGAUUUCCCGGGAUCCCUGGGGUCAAAGGUCAAGGACACCUUUCAUGGGCAGCUUCCCUUCCUGUUCAAAGUGCUGUCUGUAAACACGGCUCUGUCCAUCCAGGCGCAUCCCAACAGGGAGCUGGCUGCGAGACUCCAUGCGCAAUUUCCUGAACAUUAUCCUGACAACAACCACAAGCCGGAGAUGGCCAUCGCUCUCACGCAGUUUGAGGGUCUCUGUGGUUUCCGGCCCAUGGAGGAAAUCUUGGGCUUUCUCAAAAAUGUCCCAGAGUUCCGAGCGCUGGUGGGAAACGAAGCCUCUGAGGAGCUGCAGAGUGCUGACGGAGACCCGGAGCGGACGUCUCUCGCCCUGAAGAAAUGCUUCACCAGAAUGAUGAACUGCGAGAAGAAGCUGUUUGUGGACCAGCUCAACAUGCUAGUCAAGCGAAUCUCAGAGGAAGAAGCCGCAGGUAAAGACACCUCUAGAAGUAACGGAGAGCUGCUGCUGCGGCUUCAUUCCCAGUAUCCCGGAGACAUCGGCUGCUUCUCCAUUUACUUCCUCAACCGCAUCGUGCUGCAGCCGGGAGAGGCCAUGUUUCUGGGGGCAAAUGAGCCUCAUGCUUAUCUGUCCGGAGACUGUGUGGAGUGUAUGGCGUGUUCUGAUAACACCGUUCGUGCCGGACUGACCCCCAAAUACAUAGACGUGGACACUCUGUGUGAAAUGUUGAAUUACUGCCCAGCUCCCGUCAGUGCCAAAAUCUUCCCCUGUGUGCGGGACAACGCCGACCCCUGUGUCUACCUCUACGACCCCCCUGUGCCAGACUUCACCGUCAUGAGAAUACAGGUGCCGUCCUCGACUCUGCAGUAUACUGUGAGUGCUCUGGAUUCUGCGGGAAUCCUGCUGGUCAUUGACGGUGAGGCCGUCGCCACGUCUGCUGCUGCUCUCUCUGACAUCACUCUAAAACGAGGCUCCGUGCUCUUCAUUUCAGCCAAUGAGAACGUCUCUUUACAGCUGACAUCAUCCACAGGCAUGACCAUGUUCAGAGCGUGCUGCUUACUGUAGGAGACGCUUCAGAAACAUCCCGUUACCAUCCGUUCUGUCCUGUAUCUGCUAAAACACCUCCAGUAGAACUCAUGUUCCCAUGUUUUUGGCUUCAUCAUGAACAUGCAUGACGAAUAACCCCUCCUUAGCUGGAGACUAUAAUUAUUAGAAUGACGUUUAGUGUUGAAAUGGCUAUGCUAACCAAAAAAAACAAUAACAGUUUGAGGUUUUGAACAAGGUUGUUGUGCAUGUUCUUCAGAAAUAUGUCAGUAUAUAAAUUAAAGUCGACAUAAAAUAAAGACGGGACUUAUUUAUGAGGGAAGGGAUAUUCAAUCAGAAAAAUGACUGUACGGUGAAAAGUAAGAGUUUAAACCACCAGCAUUACAUUAGCGAUUGCUAGGAUUUCAGGAAUUCUGUAUUAUUGGUCCUAAACCAAAAGCUUAAUGGUUAAAGUUAUUAGAUUUUGGUGAAAGUUUAUAAAUUAUUUCCAGUUAUAUACACUUUUUCCUUCUUUAGAAUGGCUUGCACUGAAUAAUCACCGUAAUAAAUCCAGGAUUAUAGAACUUAUUUCCAUUAGAAGUCACUAAAGAUCAUACAUAGAACAUUCCUAGAGUAUUUUAAUUUAGUUCCUGAAAAACAGCCUAAUGGGAACCUUCUUUAACAAGUUUGCAAUGUAAAGCAAAAUUAAAUGGAUGCAAGUGUGGAAGUUUGCACAUGUCCACAACUGCUCUUAGUUUCAAAAUAAGAUGAGAUUUAUUUUGUGGGUAAUAAUAAUAUGGUAUUAAGUGCAUGUUUUUUUUUUUAAGUUACAAAACACACCGGCAGCCAAUCAGAAGUACUCUUCCCAGAUUGGUCAGAUGACCCUAAUGUGCUCCUAUUAGUAAUGACCUCAUUGUGCUCUAAUUAGUCAGACAACUCUUCUUUGAUUGGUCAAAUUACCCUAUGCAGGGUUCAUACAGUCAUGGAAAACCUGGAAAAGUCAUGGAGUUUUGACAUUUUCAGGCCUUUAAAAGUUUUGGAAAAGUCAUGAAAAACAAAUAUCUGUAUUCUUGAAUAUAGGUUAUUUACUUCUUUUCUGUUCUUGGCCAAUCACGUACUCUGACAUUAUUAGUGCGGUGUAAACAUUAUCUGAAUCAAUUUUACAUAGAUCUAAAUUAAAACUAAACAGAUUGUUGCGUGUAAUAAAUUUGAACAUGCAUUGUUUUUCUUUUACUACGCAGAUGUAGACAUUGCAUGAAAGAAUAGAUCAUGAAAAUUUACUUGAAAGUCUUGGAAAACUCAUGAAAUUUUAGAAGUAAAAAUGUGUGUGAACCCUGCUUAUGGCACUCUGAUUGGUCAGAUGACCCAAUUGCGGUCGGAUUAGUCGUGUCUAGAAAUAUAGUGGGGGCGGAGACCUGUUGGGUUAUAGCCAUGUUUGAUUGGGUGCUUUCCAAUAUCAUCAUCAUUUAAAUGUAAAACUCUCUUAAGUGCACCUAUAAAUGAGUCACUGAGAGUCCAAAAGCAUACAGGCAAAACAAAAUGAAUCCCAAUGGCUACCGAUGACACAUUGAGGUCUUAUGAAGCAAAACAGUUAGUCUAUGGAAGAAAUUUGACAUUAUUUACAAAAUAUUUCUGUAAAACUUUAGUUUAGGGCACAACUCUAUUUUGCAUCCCUUUUCCCAAAACCUAAACCAAGCUUCUACCAUACUAUUAUUAAGCUAGUAGUGUUAGUAAAGUGUUACCAAUAUUUCCAAAUAUUACACUUUCAUUUUUGGGUGAACUGCCCCUUUAAGACUAUAAAUAUGGUCAGGUUUGACGACUCAUUUAAAUGCACGGAUGCAUGAUCACUCGCUAUUGGCUGCAAGAUAUAAACAUUUCAUGAAACCAAAUUAGCUCCAUUAGAGAAGUUCUGCAUAAGGAUGAUGAAACACCUUUUGCAUGUUCAAAAAAAACAUAACCUUUAAAAACAACAGAUAUUAGGACAGAAACUGAUUUACUUUUACAUAAAAACCCGGUAACGUUGCCUUGAGACCAGUUUUAACAUUUUAAGAGCUUUUCCAUGGCACUACAGUCACGGACACACUCUUCCAACACCGGAAACAUGUUCAGGGCUUUAUUAACGAUGUGAGUUUUGUGAUUUGAUUAGCAGUUGGGCUAAUUUUAACAUCGACCCUGAAAAAGUGUUUUCAUACGUGUGAAACUUUGUUACCGAUUUCUAUUCUCCCUUCUUCGUGGCUUGAUGUGUGGUUAUGCUUUUAUUGCUGUAGUUACUAUUUGCACUAUUUACCGUGUGGAGAGCACAAAGGAUGCUGGGAACGUUCCCGUCGUCCUGAUGUCUGUUUACUGUAUUUUUAGUGCCCUCUUCAGAUAUGUGUAAAGCCAGACCACUGACCUCAGCCUUGUUGGUUUUCAGAAUUAUGUCUAAUAUUUUUGGAGCCAUGUUAAUGGCCGUUCACACAAAGUACGAUAGCUGUAAAGAUAACAAUGAUGAUGGGGAGGUAAAAAUCAUUCUGAAUGUAAAACAACAGCAGAGUUCAGACUACAGGACUAAAACGAUUAUUACGUGGAGAAACAAUAUGAGUGGGAUUAAUUUCACAAUGUUUUUAUUGUUUAUUCAGCUAAUAAACAAUAAAACGCAUACAGCCAAUGAGAAUCUAUUGAAAUAUAAAGGAGGCGACAUUGCAGAGAAGCGGUCUUUUCAACGAUUAUUUAACCUCCUCGGGCUCAGUGUCCAGUCCACAUAUGUGGACAGCACGUUUUAGCUCUUAAGUGGCAAUUUAAAAUACUCUGAAUGGUUUAUUUUGUUACAGACAUUCAGUGUCAUCCUGCCACUGUUCUGCAGCAUAUGAAAUGUCCCUAACACUAUUUUAACUGUCCAAAAUGGCCAAAAAAUGUUGUUUUUCCUCUCUGAUAGUCAAAACAUGUUCAAAAAAAUAUGUUAUUAAUGCAUUAAAAACAGUCAGGAAUAAGUGUUUUAUGGAAAUUCAGACUAGAGUCCACAUAUAUGGACAUCAUUUUUCUCUAAAAGUACAUCGUAUCAAAAGAUCAUACUUAGGUUUUAUUCUAAUCAGGUUCCAAUAAGCCCAAAUAGCAAAGAGAAAUAAAAAUACAUGUAAAAAAAAAACAGCUUGGGCCUUUAAGAGGUUAAAGAUCAUGACUAUAUAGAAAACAAUCAAUUAAAAUGGGAGGGAAUGAUCCAAAUUUACAUGGAAUCUACGUAAGCCAUGCCAGCAAAUUGAGGUAUAAAAUGAGGUGUAUAUUGUGUUUUCCUUUGAGAAUGCUGGGACAAAAUAUUGUAUUAAUAUUCAGUUAGGCCUGUCACAAUAGUCAAAUAUGAACUUUUAUCAUGUAAAGAACAUUGACAUGAAUAUCUUUAACAUUUUUAGCUGAUUGCCGGCUUCUGACUGGACGUGUCAGUGAGUUUAGGGAACGGUUACAAGCAGUGUUUUCUUACAGCUGAAGAAAGUAAAGUUUCUCAUUUUCCAACCUGCUCUCACAAAGAAACUUAACACAAUCUCACAGCAAUUCAGAACUUUUUGAUUUAGUGGCUAAUUUGUAUGAAUUUGUACGAGUUCAGUCUCAUGAAAUUGUAUGAAUUUAAAAAGUAGGUGUGGCACCCAACUCCCCUAAACCCACCCUCAUUGGGGGAGGUGCAAAUCACAACAAAACUAUGAAUGCGAUUUUACAAAUUCAUACAAAUUAGCCACUAAAUCAAAGAGUUCUGAAUUGCUGUGAGAUUGACGAUUCACAAAUAACGUCAUUUUACAAGGACAUUUACAUCUUGUUUUCAUCUCUUAAAUGAUUCUAUUCUUAUAUGUUGUUGUAUUAUCAUUACAUAAAUGUAGGCAUAAAUUGGUCUUAAAGUCAAAUUCACAUAUCGCAAUCAUUUCUAUGACACUACGGGAGGGACUGAUCAAUAUUAACAUGGAAGCUAUUUAAGCCACGCACCUAUAAUGUAUGUCUUGGGGAGCACCCAGAGGAAACCUUUACCAACACGGGGAGAACAUGCAAACUCCUCAGAAAUGCCAACUGGCUCAGCUGGAACUCGAACCACUGACCUUCUUGCUGAGAGGCAAUGGUAGCAAGUUGAAUAUUAAAAAUAAAAGUACUAGUUUCAGUGUCUUUUUGUUUUCUUUUUGAAAAUGAUGUGAAAAAUAAUGUUUAUAUUAUAAAUACAGGCAUAAAUUGGUCUUAAAAUGACAAUAAUUUCACUUAUGUCAAUUUCUAUAAUACAACACAGACAGAAACAUUAUAUUGUUUGUAGGUUACGGUGGUUUUACUCAUGGCGUAUACAAUUUAGUUUUCUAAUCAUCCAGUUAGUAAGGAAUAUUAGUAAGAGGUCGACUGUAGAGCUCAUCCAGCUGUCAUCGUUGUAACAGGAGUGAAACUCCAUGAACUCGCUGAUGUGACGACAGCUUCAUUCAUUAUUACAGCACUUUUUGCUUUAGAAUUUUAAUGUUUGUUUGUCCUGCUGCAAAGAGAACCGUCUGAUAUUUGCACAAUGUAAAGAGUAAAGCCUGUCGCACUGUGGACGAGGUGCAGUUGUGCCAUGUCUUUAAAAUGCUAUUUGUUUUCUAUGAGUGAAGCCUAUGCAGAGAGGCACACUCUCAGCAGCGCCAGCUGAUCGCUUAUUUGCAUUGAUCGUGUAUUUUGAACUGAAAUAUAAUCAGGAGCAGCAGACGAGUGCCUAAAUUACCGGAAGCGCCCGGCCAGAGCGCUUAUUGAUAAAAGUCCCCGUGCACAUCGCUGCCCUACUUUUCCUGCUUGCGAAAGUAUCAACUGCAUUUAAAAUGUCAAACACAAAGCUUGAUUUUUGCAGUACUUUUGAACUCAAAUUACAAUAAAGAAAUACAUUACCCUUCAGAUACACACCCCUCAUCUAGAUUUUCCCCCUAGCGCCAUCUGGCGGCCCCCGGUUUGAGAACCGCUGAGAGAUUACACGAGCUGGAUUCACUGGUCAGAUGAGCUAGUAACCACACAAUAAGGAUACCUUGCAGGCUGCAGAAGAAUAGCAUAAAUUAAAACAAUGUUCUCGUUUGCUGGUGUGGACCCAAAUAUAGUUAUUGUUAUAUUUAUAGUUCUUGUCCUAAGUGUGAACGGCCUUUUAUUCUGUUCUGAGAUCAGCGCAUGCGUUCGAUGGCUAAAGUCUGAACGAAUGAUGAAUGUAUGGCACUUUCUGAGCUGUAAUGGAGCAUGUGUCUGCUAAGAGGAACUCUGUAUGUAAUCUCGAUGAAAUAAAACUUGUGUAAUCUUUCA